AUGCUCAACUCUAGAAACAUAUCGAGCGUGCUGUCGCAGGUGCUGAAACCGGCUCCGGAGAUCACGAGUCUUCAACCAUAUUCGAUUUCCUUGCUGUCUGUGAGCACCAAACAACCACUUGUAUCUUGCUUCCAGAACACAACCAGAAAGGAAACCAACGGGUCUUCAGAUAACUACAUCGACGCCAACAUCGCUCCAUCUGAAAACAUUCGCAUUCUGUCGCUGAUCAGUCUGCGUUUGUGGAAUGAAAAGCCGGACCCCGAACAAGACUGGCUCGUGAUACGGUUCAACUCAUAUCUGAUAUAUCUGUACAAAAUUAACCAAGAGUACUUGGUGAUGCUCUGCUGCGACCUGCAGUAUCCGAAGGUGCUGGCCAUCAAAAAGCUGGAAAAAUUGAGCGAAUACAUGAGAAAGGAGCUGUGA